UGAAGAGAGGGUCUCCAGCAGCUCUCGCGAGAUCUUUGGGAGCUCUUUCUUUUCUGUGCGUCUCGUGCGGUUUGCUCGCGAGCACGACUGCCUUGGCUGGGAUGUUUUGUGCAGUCGCCAUUCCCUUGUGUGACGUCACAGUGCAUUGUUGUGACUUGCGUAGCGGAGCAUCCCUCAAGCUGUCAGCUGUGUCGCCGCCGCCGCCGCGGGAGCGCGAGCCCAAGCCGGCCCAGCGCUCCCUCUCCUUGUCGCUCCUCCGCCCCUCCCUCAGGGGUUCUAGAACUCCACGUCACCGUGUCAUUGUCUGUGCGGGACCCUCGGGUUCCCCCUCCUUCCCCCCACCCCCUCCCUGCACGUUCCGUCCCGCCCCCGCCCCCUCUAGAGCCAUCUCAAUGAGAUGCAAACAUGAAAGACAAGAGGAAGAAGAAGGACCGCACCUGGGCCGAGGCUGCCCGCCUGGCACUGGAAAAACACCCCGACUCGCCGAUGACUGCAAAGCAAAUAUUGGAAGUAAUUCAGAAAGAAGGGCUGAAAGAAACAAGUGGGACUUCUCCAUUAGCUUGUCUGAAUGCAAUGCUUCAUACUAACACUCGUGUAGGUGAUGGGACAUUCUUCAAAAUCCCUGGCAAGGCAGGACUCUAUGCUCUCAAAAAGGAAGAUUCUACAUGCCCAGCAGAUGGAACAUUGGAUUUAGGUUGUGAAUCUGAGUUGGAGGGCACUGAAAUGGCUGACACACACAAUAGCAAUGGAGAAGAAAAUGGAGUUUGCCCAAAGCAAACAUCUGAAGAAGUGUCUUCCAUUCGGGACUCAAGCCUUACAAAUGCACAAAUGCAAAGCAAGCUAGUGUCUUCCUUCCAGCAGCACACCAAAAAGGCACUUAAACAGGCUUUGAGACAGCAGCAGAAAAGAAGAAAUGGAGUCUCAAUGAUGGUAAACAAGACUGUUCCUCGUGUUGUUUUGACACCAUUAAAGGUGUCUGAUGAGCAGUCGGAUUCACCUUCAGGAUCUGAAUCUAAAAAUGGUGAAGCAGACAGUUCUGAUAAAGAAAUGAAACAUGGGCAAAAAUCUCCAACCGGAAAACAAAUGAGCCAGCACUUAAAGAGAUUAAAAAAAUCUGGUUUAGGACACUUGAAAUGGACCAAAGCCGAGGAUAUUGAUAUAGAAACUCCAGGUUCCAUUCUCGUGAACACUAACCUGAGGGCUUUAAUAAACAAACACACGUUUCUUUCCUUACCUCAGCAUUUCCAACAAUACCUCCUCCUCUUGCUUCCAGAGGUAGACAGACAGAUGGGAAGUGAUGGAGUUUUGCGCCUCAGUAGUUCCGCUCUAAAUAAUGAAUUCUUUGCAUAUGCAGCACAAGGGUGGAAACAACGAUUGGCAGAAGGAGAAUUUACUCCUGAAAUGCAAUUGCGUAUCAGACAAGAGAUAGAAAAAGAAAAGAAAACUGAACCCUGGAAAGAAAAGUUCUUUGAAAGAUUUUAUGGAGAAAAAUUGGGAAUGUCAAUAGAAGAAUCUAUGAAGCUAACUUCUGUACAGAACAAUAAUGAAGAUGAAGACAGUUCACUCUGCGGACCUUCUGAUUUGCCUGGUCCUUCCAGGGAGGCAGCUUUUGAUGACCAUGAAGAGAAAAACAACCAGCUAUCACCACUGCCAGAGAGAGAAUUCUCUCAAUCCCUUUGCAACAUGGAACAUGUUCCAUCCAAGGAUCUAAUAGCAGAAACAGAAGACAUUUUAAUACCUGAAGAAUCUGUCAUUCAGGAGGAGAUUGCUGAGGAGGUUGAGACAAGUAUCUGUGAAUGUCAGGAGGAGAACCAUAAAGCAGAACAUGUGAAUUCUGAACAACCAGUUAGCCCAAUUGGUACAAAUGAAGACUCAGAAUCAUUGCCACUUACAGGAAACUCUGAAUCCUGUGCUGUGAUGAACAAUGCAGUAGGCACUUUGUCUCAUGUUGAAAUUAAAGUGGAAGAGAAAUUGGAGUAUCCUCAGGAAGAAAUGUCAGUCAUGACUGAUCAACUGGAAAGCAGCCUAUCACCUUCACAGUCUGCUUCAUCUACAAACUCUCUUAGUAAUAUGGAGGAAAAAGACCUGGAUUCCACAAAAGAGCUAAGUCCUCAUGGAAAAUAUUCCCCAGUCCUCAAUGGUUCCUUAUUCACAGGUGGAAGUGUUGCUGUACAUAUGGAGCUGCAAAGUGACCCUGAUGAACAGUCAUCUGAAAAUGCCUGUAUUUCGGAAACAUCCUUUUCCUCUGAAAGCCCAGAGGAACCAUGUGUCAGUAUUGCUUCUCCUGGUGGUGACACACAAUCUACUUCAGAGGAACCUUGUACUCCAGUAUCUCUGGAAACAGCUUGUUCAUCUGAUGUGUCCUGCACAGAAAAUACUGAAGCUGAUAGUCAACAAAAACCUAUUGAUGAUAAUCUGAAUACAUCGAUGUCUGAAGUAUCUCCAAUGCCUGCCUCACCUGUAAUCUCUGAAGCAUCUCUGAUGUCAAAUUUGCCUUUGACUUCAGAGGCAUCACCAGUUUCAAACUUAGCUUUGCCAUCAGAAACCUCACCAAUGUCUGAUUUGCCCUUAACAUCUGAAACCUCUUCAGUAUCUUCUGUUCUUCUAGCUUCAGAAACAUCUCACUCAAACAGCUUACCACUACCUUCAGAAACAUCACCACUUUCUAAUUCCCCAAUGAGUGAAAGAUUUAUUCUGCAGCAAAGAAAAUCACCAUGUUUGUCUGAAGAAUCUCUGUCACCACUGAAAGAAGAAGCUCCUGUCAUUCCUAAUGUUUCUCAAGAGGAGAGUCUUGUUUCACAACAGAAACAGCUCCAGGGUGUUCCUGAAGGCAUGAAAGCUGCCAUGUCUGAAACUUCAGCAGUAGAAGAGCCCCAGUCUAGAAACCUUACUAAUCAACCAUGUAGAUCACAUACUGAAAUAGAAAAAUCUUUCAUUUCUUCUAUUGCAGAACAUUCUUCUCCAGAAGUGAUAAAAAUUAGAAACCACAGUGCUCAGCAAAGAACUGAAAAAAAAGGUACAGUCUCUCAACUGGAAGUGUCAGUUCUGACAGAAGUGGCAGGGUGCAAAAAUAGUGAUUCUCUUCCAUCUAAAUCACAUGAUAAACUAUAUACCUCAUUAUCAUCAUCAGAAAAGUUGUUGUUCCCAGAAGCAGGAAGAAAUAAGUCUCAUAAACUUCAAGGGACUGCACAGAAUCGGUUUGAAGGUUCAUAUUCUUCAAAGUCAUCAGAACCCACCAAGUCACCUGAGCUCAGAAGUGAAAGUAGAGACCUGGAGAUCCCAAAAAGGAAGACUGCUGAACACCAUAGUCUUGGAAUCUCCAAAGAGAAGCGAGCUAGAAUUGAAGAUGACCAAUUUCAUCGUAAUGCAUCAACAAGUUCAUCUGAGAGAGAGCCACCACCUAGAGAAGAGCCCAAAGUCCCACCUCUUAAGAUUCAGCUUUCAAAAAUCGGCCCACCUUUUAUUAUCAAGAGCCAGCCUGUUUCCAAACUAGAGCCUAGGGCUUCUCCAACUACAUCAGUCAGCAGUGGGAGGAACACAGGGGCUAGAACACUGGCAGAUAUCAAAGCAAGAGCCCAGCAAGCUAGAGCCCAGAGGGAGGCGGCAGCUGCUGCUGCAGUGGCAGCCGCUGCAAGCAUUGUCUCUGGAGGUUUAGGAAGCCCCUGUGAAGGUGGAAAGACCAGGACAUUGGCACAUAUCAAGGAGCAGACAAAAGCCAAAUUGUUUGCAAAACACCAAGCAAGAGCCCACUUGCUCCAGAAUAAAGAAAUGAAAUCCCAACAUGCCUCAAAGGAAGGUCCGUCAGCCUUGGAGAUCUCUGCCUCUUCUGAAACAAAGAUUGAAGGUUCUACUGGAGUAAUUAUAGUUAAUCCUAACUGCAGGUCUCCUAGCAACAAGUCUGCUCACCUUCGUGAAGCUACUGCUUUAUUGCAGCAGUCACUUAAUACUACUACUUUACCGGAAGCUAGUACUGACAUCUCUGUGCACAGUCCUGAUGAAAAUAUGCCUAUGUCUCAUUUGUGUGAGAAAAUUCUUUCAUCUACCUCUGCUGAAAGCAACAGUGUGUCAGUGCUAUAUAAUAAAAACUCAGUCCCCAUGUCUGUGUGUAGCACUGCUAUGUCGGGAGCAAUUAAGGAACUUCCAUUUGCAGCUUCUGUUGAUAAAUCCUCUGUUUUAAUGUCUGUUGAAGGUACAGACACAAAGGCUUGCAAUAUAAACAUGCUGAAAUCCAUCCAAGGGGCUGACACUCCGUGCAUUGCCAUCAUGCCAAAAUGUGUUGAGAAUCCUACUGCUCCAACCACAGUAGACAGUACAGUCUUGUCAAAUCCCAUAGAUGAAAAGAGAUUGCCAAUUGCAAGCAGCAAUGCAAACAAUGCUAUUUCUAGUCAAUAUACCACUGUGCCAACUUCAUCCAUUGCAAGUAAUUUGCCAAAUAAUCUGGUUGGUAGCUCAGUUCUGAUUCCUCCAGUGGGAUCUACAAAUAGAUACUCCAACGAUAAGAUAGCCAUUUCUGGGUGCAAUGACCCAAGUUCAUUAUCAAACACCACCUCUGUUAGGGCAGCUUUACAUUGCAGUGAUGCACUUCCAGCAGCAGAUUCUGUUGGCAGGACUUCCAUUUCAGUGUUUGCUGGUAAUAUGAUGACAGUAAAUUCUUAUGAGAACCCAGCCAAAAUCAGUGCUGAUGCUGUGGAAAGAAAUUCUGGAAUGAGAAGCCAAAUAGAUAUGUCUGGUAAAUCCUCAGUAGGUUAUACACAGGCACCCAUGAAUAGAUCUAUACCUUGUAAAGUCAUUGUUGACCACACAACAACAACAAUGAACUCAAAUUUGUCAUUGGGUACUUCUGUUGAAACCCCAGAAAACAGCACAGAUAUGCAAAGCAGGCCUGUUAGGACAGAAACUGCCUUACAAAACAUAGCAUGUCCUCAAGUGUCUGUCAUAAGUAGGCCGGAGCUGCUUACAAAUGAGAAUCUGGAGCACACCUCUGGCUUUUCCACUGUUACAGUGAAGCAAGAUGGCAAACCUUUGCAAGCAGCAUGUACCAGUCUUCGAGAAGUGCCUCUUGCGCCUCAAGACAAAAGACUUGAGGCAGUUCCUCCUAGCCAAGGAUUUUCUGAACAGUUACGAGGUCCUUUGGCUUUCAAAAAUGAAACAGAUGCUGUCUGUGCCAACCCAUACAACACCAAUAGCAGAAUAUGCUGGAAUGAUGAUGAGGCCAUGAACACUGACCAGUCUUUGGGCAGCCAUCUUAACCCAAAUAAGCAUAAAGACUACACCGAACAAAACUGUUUGAAAAAUGUCAAAAUUGAGCCUUCAGGCUUUGCACAUUUGAGUGAGAUGCAUUCAAGGAACAUUGUGACAAAUAUUGCCAUGCCCGUUAAAUCGGAAACUAAUGAAUCCGACAAAUGCUUUAGGAUGGACACUGAAGAUUUUGCAAGACCUGAAAUGUCUUUCCAGACUACAGAAAUGGCCGCAAGUGCACAGCCAGCACAAAGCUCCAAAGCAUCUGUUCCAGAUUCCAUGGAGAGCUCUUUGUCAUUGACAACAGAAACACUAAAAAGAGUUACAAGUGCUGGAAGCUCUAGUUGUCGUUUGUCAACAGUAGAAGCCAACAACCCUCUAGUGACACAGUUAUUGCAAGGCAACCUGCCAUUGGAGAAAGUGUUGCCACAGCCCAGGUUAGGAGCCAAGCUGGAAAUUAACAGGCUUCCCUUGCCUUUGCAAACUACCUCAGUAUGUAAAUCAGCAACAUCUGAGAGAAAUGUGAUUGAAAAUCCUUCCAACUCUCCAAAUACAGAUGGCAGAGGAUUUACAGCAACCAGUGUAGCCCCACUGCAAGUCAGGAAGCGUGAAAACCAUCCCAAAAAGAGGAUGGUGAGGACAGCAGGGGAAGUUAAAUGUGAGCCUGGGAAGCCAUUGAUGGACUCAGAUGUCAAAGUGGGUCCUUGUGCUGUCAGUUCCAGCAUGAACCAACUUGGUCAUAGUCAGCUGUUUAAACAAGAGUGGCCAAGCAAACAUGCUAUUCAAAGCAGAAUUUCACACAGCCCAGAGAUCAAGCAGCAGAAGAGGCCAUUGCCUUCAUGUAGUUACCAGCAGAGCCUAUUUAAUGUUGACAAAAAUGGCAGUUUCCAUGCAGAAGCAAGUACCUCACAUAGACAGCAUUUCUACCAAAUGCCAAUGGCUUCAAGAGGCGCUGUUCCUACAGCCGCUUUGAUGCAGGCAACAUUAAAGGCCCCAUCUGGCUGCAGUGCCUUUGCUUUCAGCAGGCACCUAGAGCAGAAGGGGUUGGGAGAGGUCAACAUGUCUACAACGCCUCACCAGCUGAGGCUAGGGAGUGUUUUCCCCCCUAACAUUCAAAUUAAGGAAGGUGAUGACAUUUCUAGUGCCUCACAGACUCUGCAGAAUAAAUCAUUAGUACAUCCCCCUCCACCUCUACCACCGCCCCCACCUCCCCCUCCACUGCCCCCACCUCCACCACCCCCUCCUCUUCCCAAUGCAGAAGCUCCAUCUGAUCACAAACAACCAGCAGUUACUAUGGAAACCACUAAAAGACUUAGUUGGCCUCAGCCGGCAAGCGUCUGUAGCAAUAUAAAAUCUGAACCCAUUUCUUUUGAGGAAGGUUUAAGCAGCAGCUGUGAGCUGAGCAUAAAACAAGCAUCUUAUGAUCAGAAUGAAGUAAAAGAACAGUUGAAAGCCUUUGCAUUGAAAAAUGCCGACUUCCCUUCCUAUUUACUUUCUGAGCCACAGAAGCCUUUUGCCCAAUUAACUGCUCAGAAAAUACAGACUCAGCAGCAGCAGCAGCCCCAACAGCAGCAGCAGCAGCUCUGUGGAAAUUAUCCUACUAUACACUUUGGUAGCACAAGCUUCAAAAGGGCAGCAUCUGCAAUUGAAAAAUCUAUUGGAAUUUUAGGAAGUAGUUCAAACACAGCCUCAAGCCUAUCUAUUCAGAACACUCAGAUUCCAGUUCAGAAAUUUGCUGACAGCAGCAGUGCAGAUGAGCUGGAACUGAAAUGCUCUUGCAGGCUGAAAGCCAUGAUCGUGUGCAAAGGCUGUGGAGCCUUCUGUCAUGAUGACUGCAUAGGCCCUUCAAAAUUGUGUGUUGCCUGUUUAGUUGUUCGGUAGAAUUUGAAGCCAAGAUGCAGGAUCCUUUGUUAGCAUGGGAGAGCAAAGCAAAAAAAAUGUAGGGACAACUGGAAUAUUUUAGGCCGUUUUGUAUCUGGAUACAAAAUGAUUCUGGGGAAACUUUUUUCUUUGGAAUUGAGUUAUUUCUGCUUGCAUGGCUCUCCCUGGAAAGAACAACCCCUUAAGAAAUGUGCACAAAAAACGUUAAAUCUUUCAAGCUUUCUUACUGUGUUAAAAAGUAAAAAAUAGCAUUUUCAUUUCUAUUUAUAUGCGCAAAGUGCAGGACAUGUUUUUCCCAUUUAUAAAGGUAACACAUCUUCCCAGUAACAGAAUUACACAUUAUAAUUUCUAGAUGUUUGCGCUUGAAACAGUGUAAGAAUGGAGAAGAACCCUAAUCAAUAAAGAAGAGACUAUGGGCAGAGAGAGUAAUAUUCUGCUACCACUUGCAGACCAUUGUAGCAAGUACUGUUUGACAGUUUUUGUAAUGAUGAGUGCAUUCUUGAAGCCACAGUUGCCAUCCAUAGUUGACUUAUAGGCAAAAAGGAGUGAAAUGUCAGUAGUUUGGUCUCUUGAUAAUCUGGUAUCCUGGAAGUGAUUUUAAUUAAGGCAGGUGUAAAGGAGUCUGACCACCUGUAAUAAAUUGGAAUCUACAUGAUUUUAGAAGUCCAGGGUGAGGGUGGGGAGAAUAAAUGCAGCUAUGAUAAUGUACUAGUCAAUUUUUCAUCCCCAAAUCUCACUCUAAAUUUGUCCUGAAGGGAGAUACUUAUCAUAUAUACAUAUAUGAACCAUAUUAUGUAAGCAACAAGCAUGUUCAGAGCAGUGAAAUUAUUUCAGUGGCCUAAAAUUAAUCUCAUUUAAUUCUGUCUCUAUGUAGAUCCCCCAAUCAUGUGAUUUACAGUCCUUCAAAAUAUGUUUACAGCUUGAUAUAUUUUAAAUUACCUUUAAAAUUUUACUUGUAACCACCUUUUUGUGUGUUAGAAAAUUCACACUACACGUAUUUGUAGGAUGGCUGUAGGAAUGAAGAGAUUUUAAAGGGAUCCCAAAUCUUUAAACUCUCACUAUUGUACUUAGUAGCAAUUUAUAUUGAUAGUUAUAUUCAAGACAUAUUAGCUGCCAAAAUAUUGGAGCAGAUAUGUGGCAAUUUGUGAGGGUUGGGUUUGUUUGUUUUUUCUCACUUAUAAGGAAAAUAUUGUAAAGGGAUAAAAAUGUGGAGCUUGACAAAAGGAGAUACUUGGUUAUCUUUAAAAUCAUUUUGUUUUUUUCCUAAUGAGAACACAAAACAUAAAGAUUAGGUCAAAAAUAUAGACUAGAAGUAACUCGCAUGCUGUCAUGGGAAUCUAACCAUCACAACGAAGUAAACGUGAGAGAAAUACAUUAUUCCUGCCCACACAGUAGAACCUUACUAAUGUAAUGCCUGGCAGUCCAUGCAAAAAAUUGGAAAUUCCUUCCCACCGCUCAUGAAAGAUUUAUAAUGGCAAGGUGCUGUACUGGCGUCUCCAAGUAUUGAUAUUUUACUAUGUGAAAUAAAUAGUGCUACAUUAUUUUUAUUCUAAACCAUUAGUGUAAUAAGGGUAAUAAAAUAUACUUUGCAUUGUAUUUGCUUAUCAUCUUUUGUUACUAAAUCAUAAUUCAUAAGCCUUCCAGGCAUUUGUACAUGCGAGUGAGUUUCUACUGUUUGGAAACCCACAUUUAUGUUCUCGUGGGACCAUAUUUAACAUGAAAUCUGCCAUUUCCUUUAAUUUUAUUUUAAUGAGCUGGAAUAGGUAGGACUUACAUUCCUUUAACCAGAGGUCAUGUGAUUUGACUGGAUUUGUUUUCAUAGCAAGACCUAUAGAUUGUUUUGAUAACCCUACAGAAUGAAGGGACUAGACAAUAAUUGCCUUACCAGAAUUGGUACUGAGAGGCGAUGUUAUGUUAUAGUUCAAAAGCACUCCUUUGUAGAGGAUUAAUACAUGCCUAUUUUCAGCACUUUCAGGUAUCCUUGAAAAUAUUUUUAAAUAUGGAUUUGAAAAGCAUGUUUUUUGUAAUGUGCAAAAUAGAUGACUAAAUGGAGUCAUUGUUAAACAUGUAUGUGCUUGCAUAUUUAGUUAAAUUUCAGAUUAUUUUAAAUUAAUAUUUUAUUAUCAUGAUUUAAACACAGUGGAUGAAAUCCCAGUUCCAGUAAAUUCCUAACAGCACUGGAGCCAGGAUUAUGUCUGAGUUAAGGCAGGGUAUAUUUCUUUCUUUUAUUAAAAUAACCACAGUGACCAGUUUUUAGAUAGAAUUGUGCCUUCUGUCUUAUGAACUGGUAGUAGUAAAAACAUCAUUUUAUUACCUCCAAAAACAUACUAUAAAAGUAUUUGGGCACAAUCUAGAGAAAGUUAAGCACUUAAGGCUGCAGUCCUCUGCAUUUUUACUUGAGAGUAAGCUGCAUUGAACUCAGUGGUCUUACUUCCAAGUAAACAUGCAUAGGAUUGGUCAGUCUCAUGGACUUAAAUGAGUUUUAGUAUGCCUGGCUUUCUCCCGUCUACAUCCAUUGUAUGGCUUUGUUGUGGCUGACAAAUGUUAACAGGAGUUUUAUAGUUCUGUUUUAAAUGUUGGAAUAAGGGUCAAAUGAGAUAUUAUGCAGAUAAUAGGCAGCAGAUUCAUUUGCUUAAACUUAGGAAUGCCACAAUCACAUAGAAAUCUGGAGUCUGGCUUUAACAGCAAAAGUAGCAUUCAGAUGAGGAACACUGAAUCCUUCGCUGCCUAUGACUUAUCUCCUUACAGCCUCUCCCACAGGGCACUUUUCCUCAGCUGAACUGCAAAACCAACAGUGAGACUAGCUGGGAGAAAGUUCUUGGGGGAGAGCAACAGCAGUGGGCAGGAGAGAAAUAAGCAGUGGGCAGGAGAGGAUUUAGCACUCUACCCUCCUGUGCUCCUUUUGCUGUUAAAAUCAGGCAAACACAUCCCUUUGCUUUCUACAUGACUUCAGCAGAUUCAGCUUUAAAUCUAUGGAACUGCUACUGUCAUCACUCAUUUGGUACUAAAGAUGCAGCUAAUGAUUGAAAAUUCACCCUUUUGGUUUUGAAUGCAUGCUUGUAUGAAGGAAGCAUGAUUGCAGUUAGUUUACUUAGCAUAUGAGAGAGUGUUCUUCACAAAGGGCAUUGCACAAAAUGGUGCUAUAUUUUAUUGUUCAUCCAAAUGUCUCCCUAGUGGAAUUCAAGACACUGUUUCUUUAUGUUGCACCUGGAAUUAAUUUCAUUAAACACCUGAUGGUGGCAGUAGUGGUUUAUGAUAAUUGUUCCUUAUCUAGAAGAAAACAAGUAUCCUGUUAGCAGUUUGUUACAUUACCUGUGUAUUCUCUGUCCUCCACCGCCCCCACCCCGCCCCCGCCAAACUUCAGCCUCAUGUCACCAGGACUCCCAUGAUAAUGCAAUUUAUGGCACUGAGGUUGGAAAGCUUACGCACUGAAGAAGAGCAAACGGGGGAAAGCAAUUUAAAAGCUCACAACAAUUCUGCAUGUGUGGUUGUGAUUGGACGGCCUGCACCGUGCACCUUUCAUCACAUUUAUUUUCAUUUCAAAUUGUCCCAGUAUUGACUUUUUGAAUUUCACAUACUUACUUACAUACUUCCUCCUCUCAGGAUUAUGGGCUUUAUAAAAGGAAAUGCAUGCACCCAUUCACACACCAAAUAAUUUUAAUGCAAUGGGCAAUAAACUGGAGGGUCCCUACAGGAGGUCUCUGAAAUUAUUAGGAGAUAUGAGAUAAGGGAUAUUGAGUAGUCAAGACAUAAUGAUUACUUUGCUUCUUACACAAGUAGACUAUUAAUGUGAGCAGUUAUUUUGGGGAGUUAGCCAGCUGUGCCAAUGUCUGCACCAGCUUUUAGCAUCCUAUUGAAUGAGACAAACUUACAGAAAAGUUUAACAGGAUACUAAAAGCAGCUUUAGUAUCCAGUUUCCCAUGGGUACACUGAUAUUUUGUGCAACAAAUACAUGAUGUGAAUGACGCAUUCAUAUCCCUAGAUAGAUACCUGCUUAAGUGCAUCUAGAGGCUCCAGUCCAGUUGGAACUCUGAGGCAUAUGUACAUGGGGAUUCAAAAACACCUUUCUAUCAUUUGUGUUUUACAUGGUGGCAGUGAGUAACGCCACUGCCCCCUUGAUAAAUACAGUUAUCACAAAGUGUGGAUCUUGCACAUGAAAAAAAUCCUGGAAGUGAAGUGCUUUCCAAGGAUAACUUACAACAAAGCAUGGGGGAAAGUGCAGAAUGCCCUAGUUCUUUUUCAUACUUUUGGCAAUAGACCAUAUAAAACUGAACAAGUGUAAAAGUAUUUAUAGUGUAUCAUCAUUCAUUCACCCAUGAGGGAAAAUAUAUAUGUAAAGAUUAAAAAAAAAAAAUCCAGAGUUUUUCCAGCUUAGUUGCAGCACUUUUUGAAGGAGAAAUUAUAAGACUCCAUUGUGUUCUUCCUGCCUUCUGAUAUUUUUUACACAUAUCCCUGAGGUCUGUAUGUAAUAUUGAGACAUUUGCUCUGUGUGUGUGUGUCCCUGCAAAGAGUUUUCCACACUGAAAUUCCCUGGUCCCUUAUCUGAAAUUAUGUAAAGACUUGGUGAAGUGGACACUCCCAAUUUUGUAUUCCAUCUAUCUGCUGUGGUCUAGUGCAUGAAAUUAAUUAAUCUGAAGAAGGAAAAAGGUUGAGCCAUAAAGCAAAAAUGUGUUUCCUCUGUACUAUAGGUUUCCUUUUUAAAGUGAUAUGUGUUGCCAGGGUAGGUUUUCAGGACCCUGGAAUUUCUUGCUCAGUUUUAAACUGGUGCAUAUGGUGCUUUAUAAUGCAGUUUCUAAAGUGAAAUGACCUUAUGCUGCAGCCCUUACAAACAUGCGCACAAUUUCAGAGAUGAUGUUUAUAGCCUCUGGUUUUGCAUAGUAUGGUGAAGGCCCAGGAUUAACACUCAAGACAAAAGAUCAGAAAUACCACCUAACAGGGGCAUCUUAGCUUACAUAUGUGAGGCUGUGCAUUAGACACUGAAUGACUUUUGGUGUGACAGCAUUAGUUCUGCACAACACUGGGGGAAAGACCAAUAACAUUUUUCAGUGGAUUAUCAUGGACCUGCGUAGCUAAAUGUUUCUGAAUUAAAGGGGGGGGGGAGAAUCCUGUUGUCUUCAGACAUCAUGCUUUGUCAUUGUAAAAACAACAAAAAUAGUAUUUUUAGUCUAAUUUAAAGGAGCUGCUUCUUUUAUAGCACAUAUUUCGCUUUGUACUAUAUUUGAUAGUUAAAAGAUAAUUUAGCCUGUAGAAUACUUUGUUGUAUUUGUACUGUUCAUGAAUGUUACAAGAAAAGUGCUUUACUUUGUUGCCAUAAUUCUCUUGUACUGCUGUAAAAAAAAAAUUGUUCCUGCUUUACAAAAACCUAAAUCGACUGACAUUUUCGGUACCAGGUUUUGUAUGUUUUUUUUUAAUUUGUCAGUAUUUUGAAUGUUUACAUCUCUUUGACACUAGCCAUUCAAUGCCUUUUUAAGGGUAGUGUUUCUCCUGCCCAGGAUAAGAGCAAUGUGAAAUCAAAUCAUAUCUAACUUGCAUGAGGAACAUAACAUUUGUGUAGACUGGGGUAUUCCCCAUCAUGCAUAGAUAUUUUGCAUCUAUAUAUAGAAUAGAAAACCUCCCUUCAGUCCUCUACCAAAGAAAAAAAAACCCAUAGGAUAAAUUCUUCAAAUUCUCAGAAGGGGGAGCAGUUGAUUUCAAUGGCAUUGCUACGGUUUACUGUUAUGCUUGCUUUAUUACCUGACUAAAUGUGACUGAGUGUUUUUUUGUUUGUUUUUUUUUUAAGAGUGUUUGGUUUAGAAUUCAGGGAUCAUGCUUUCAUCAAUGGUGCUGUUUGUCUUUCUUUUUAAAAAAGAAACAUGUGUCGCAUACAAAAGUGACUGAUCACAAGACUAUAAAACUAAAUGAAAAAGAUUGGUUCUGUCUACAUGUUUGCUCUCUACCCUCCCAAUCCCCUGAAAAUAACAAGUUGGGCUUCAAUAUUAAAAUAUUCUAAAGAA